UGCGGCGGACAGCGUCCCUUGCCCCUGUUUCUCUUUCCGCCAUUUGUGAAGACGCCAUUUUAUCCCCUUGCUUCAUGAUUCACAAUGAGUGAUUAUUCAGCGGUUGCGCCGCCACAGAAUUUCACUCAAAGUGCUGCAUUUGCUUCAGCUCUUCAACGUGCGCGUCAGAUUGCGGCCAAAAUAAAUCCAGGAGGCACUGCUGAAGGUGGCGGAAAGCGACCCCUUGAAGACGGAUCAGAACCCGAAGCCAAGAAAGUGGCUGGGGUUACUAACGACCCAGUGGCAUCGGCCCAACUAAGCGCGCUUCGAGCCCAACAAGCAUCUGGAACAGGUGGCGCAUCUUCCGCAGCCGCAGCGGCUGCGGCUCAGGCGGCAGCGGUAGCAGCCAGGGUGGCGGCUGCGGCAGCCGCGGGCGGCCUGGGCCUUGGUGGCCUUGGCGGCGGCGUACACAACGAAGACAUCAGGGUUCCGGACAAGAUGGUGGGACUGAAUGGUGGCGGCCCACAUUUGGGUUUUGGCGCCAUCACCACAGAAGAAAUAUUGGUUCCGGACCGGAUGGUUGGGCACCUUAUUGGCAGAGGUGGAGAGCAAAUAUCCCGGUUACAAAAUGAAUCAGGAUGCAAAAUUCAAAUGGCUCCUGACAGUGGAGGACAACCUGACCGUGUUUGCACAUUAUCAGGUUCAAGAGAAGCUAUCACGAGAGCUAAGGAUUUAAUAUCUUCAAUCGUACAACAACGUAGCAGAACAGAAGGUGGUGGAAAUGGCGGAGGCAACGGUGGAAACGGCGGCGGCGGCGGCGGAGGGGGAGGAGGGGGUGGCGGAGGAGGAGGUAUGCCACCUGGGCUUGGUGGCGACAUGGGAGGAAACUCCACUCAGGUGGAGAUCAUGGUUCCUGGGCCAAAGGUUGGUCUUAUCAUCGGCAAGGGUGGUGAAACUAUCAAACAGCUCCAAGACAAAUCAGGAGCCCGCAUGACAGUCAUUCAAGAUGGUUCUAUGAAUCAAGAUCAAGAGAAACCUCUAAGGAUAUGUGGAGAUCCUCAGAGUGUUGAGCAUGCUAAAGCUCUGGUGUAUGAACUGAUAGCUGAAAAGGAAAUGCAGAAUGCAUUUGGAGGCCGCGGAAGCGGCGGCGGUGGCGGUGGCCGGAGAGAUGGCCACUUCAGUGAUAUGGGUGGUGGUGGUGCUGGGAGCAUCGGGGGCGGUGGAGAAUCUAUGGAGGUUCUGGUUCCACAAGCAGCUGUAGGUGUAGUAAUAGGCAAAGGAGGAGAUAUGAUUAAAAAGAUUCAAACUGAGACUGGAGCCAGAGUUCAAUUCCAACAAGGACGGGAUGAUGGGCCAGGAGAGAGGAAGUGUUUGUUAACUGGCAAGCCAUCACAAGUUCAAGAAGCAAGAAUGCGAAUUGAAGAAUUGAUUGAUAGCGUUUUGAGAAGAGACAAUGAGAUGGGCAGAGGGCGAAGGGGUCCAGGAGGACCUGGAGGCAGACCUUUUGAUGGCAUGGGAGGUCGAGAGUUUGGUAGGGAUGACAGGGCUGGUUGGGAUAGAGGUGGUGGAAGAGUUGGUGGACCAAUGGGUGAUAAGCAAGAGAUGGCUUUCACUAUACCUGCUACCAAGUGUGGUGUUGUGAUAGGUCGGGGUGGUGAGACCAUUAAACAAAUCAAUUCACAAUCUGGUGCUCAUUGUGAGAUGGACCGGAGACCAAAUAAUAACCCAACAGAAAAAAUAAUUCUCAUUCGUGGUUCUCCAGACCAAAUUGAGACAGCUAAGCGACUGAUUCAGGAUAAGCUUGGAAUGCCUCUUGGAAAUCCAAACGGUGGCCCUCCAAGCCAGUACCCAAUGAGUGGUGGUCCUCCCGGUGGCCCAGGUGGUCCUCCCGGUGGGCCCGGUGGUCCGGGAGGACCUGGCGGUCCCCCUCAGCAUUACGGUGCUGCUCAAGGAUGGGGUGGGCAGUAUCCCCAAUGGCAGCAGGGUCAGGCACACCCUAGUGAUCCAAACCAACCUAAUCCCGUCCAAGUUAAUCCUCAGACUGGCCAGCCUGAUUAUUCAAUUCAGUGGGCAGAAUAUUAUCGCUCUCUUGGAAUGCAUCGUGAGGCCGAUAUGAUAGAACAGCAAGCGAAAGCAAACAAGGGAAUGCAAGCAGCACAGCCCCAGCCUCAACCAGCUGCUCAACCUCAACCAGCUGCUCAACCCCAACCAGCUGCAGCUGGUGCAGCUCAAAAUGGCCAACCGGACUAUAGCGCCCAGUGGGCAGAAUACUACAGAUCUGUGGGAAAGAUAAAGGAAGCUGAUGCUAUUGAAGCUCAGAUGAAGGCUGCUAAGGCAGCUCAAGUACAAUCCCAGCCACAAGCUGGAGCUGCACCUCAGGUACCAGGUCAGGCUGCGCCUGUGCAACAGUCUGGAUAUGGUCAGCCAUAUGGCUAUCAGGCGGCUGCUGGUUAUGGCUAUGGAGCGCCUGGAGGACCUCAACCACCUCAGCAACCAGGUCAACAACCUCAGUAUGGAUACCCUGGCUAUGGAGCAUACGGUGGUCAACCUGGCGGACCCGAAAAUUGAUCUGCUGAACGUAUUGGCCUGCUGUUGCUAUGUCUGCGUGUUCUGCCACCAAUCAGAUCACUGUUAUUCCUAGUGUACUGCACCAUAUUGAGAAUCUAUACCAGCGUUUAAUCAGAUUUAUAUAUAUAUAUAUUUAAAAAUACUUAUAUGCAUCCCUUGUGAAUGAAUUUGGUGGGGAGUUCUAAUUUGGAAUCAUGUUUUGUUCUGUGAAUGCUAACUGCUGAAAUAUUUUGUAACUUUUUCCUUUUUUAUGAUAGUUCCUCCACCUGGUCUUGAAGUUAUUUAAUUUCAUCUGACAAUGGAUGAAGCUCAGUGGUUGUUUUGACUUGCUUGAUGUUCAGACACAAUGUUGAUAAUUUUUUGCCCUCAUUUUUGUUGAAUGUAUGUGAUAGGGUGUGAAAGUAUUUCACAGUGUUGCUCUUUCAUUAAGUUCUCAUUUUUCCCCCCCUUCGUUUGACAUAUUGAUCGUAGAAGAGUCCAUUAUUUAUAUUAAGAUUUGACUGCAAAUGAGGUUUUUUCUUUUUCUUCCUUCAAAUUAAACUUUCCCUUACAAAUGGCAAGGGCAGCCAAGGACGUGUUCAUCAUUCAUCCAUCAAGAAGCACGUGAUCUCUGAGCCCUGUGCUCAUUGUGGUGAGGUAAAAUAAGAUAUUGUAGCUCAAUUUGUUAAAUGAAGUUAAAAUGUCUUAUGUUGAUCAUUGUAUUAGGGUAUUACUUGUAACAUGUCUUUCCGUUCUUUCCUCUUGCAUUGUUUUUAAAUAUUAAAAUGUCCCUGAUAACUUG